AUUUGAUUAGCAGCUUUGUUUAAAUUGUGCAUGAACGAUGUCGAUGUUGGACAUUUGGUGGCUUCCUGACUGGGUCCUGCUGCUUGUCGUGAUCGCAGUCUUGACCGUCCUAUAUUCCCGCUACUUCGCCGAUAACCGAGUGAAGUAUGGUCUGCCUGGACCAGACCGGUGGCCCUUUGUAGGGCAUUUGCCUCUUGUGUUCAAACUUGGCUUCCUCGAGUUCCACAAGCAUCUUUGCAAUAAAUAUGGUAAGGUGGUUGCCUUGUCUCCUGGUACCUUAGAUGCAGGGAUGGGAACACUGCUUAUAUCCGACCUGGAUAUGAUCAAAGAGAUCUUGGUCAAGCAGGGGAGCAUCUUUGUUGACAGAAAUGUUGAUGAAAAAACCCAGGUGAAGCCUUUGAACAAAACAAUACUGAGUUUGAAGGGCGACGAGUGGAAACAAGUCCGUGGCACAAUGACACCAACAUUCAGCUCGGGGAAGUUGCGUCAAAUGAAUGGCCAUAUUGUGGAUUGUGCAAAGACAACAGUGAAAAAUCUUCAGGAAAUUGCCAAAAAAGAUGGAAGUUUUGAUGCGGAGGAAAUCUGGGGAGCCUUUGCCAUGGACAGCAUCUGUGCCACUGCUUUUGGAAUCAAAGUUGACUCUCAGAACAAUCCUGAGGAGCCCUUUGUUACCAAUGCAAGACAGUUACAGAAUGCAAGUCUGGCAAACCCGUUUCUUCUGCUCUUUCUUUUCUUUCCUCGCCUGAUGGUUUGGUUUGAGCCGCUCCUUCCAUAUCUCAUUGGAAGUUUUAUCAAGCCUAUCCGUUUUUUUCAACGUGCAACUGAUGAACUUUACGAUGAAAGUCAGAAGUCCAAAAAUGAGAAGGCCAUUGAUUUUGUCCACCUGAUGCAGAAAGCCCAUGAGCUUCAUAUGGACUAUGAUGAGCUGGCAGAUGAUGUGAAGGAGGUGGGGAAGUGGAAGAAGAGGGCCCUGACAAGGGAUGAGAUUGUGGCCAAUGGAAUAGUGUUUUUCUUGGCAGGAUUCCGUAACACAAUGUCAACUUUGAGUUUCAUGUGCUACAACUUGGCUAUCUAUCCUGAAAUCCAAGAGAGACUGCAGAAGGAGAUAGAUGACACUCUCCAGGGAACAGACCCCAGCUACGACAACGUGGCCUCUCUGCAGUACCUGGACCAAGUGAUGUCAGAGACCUUGAGAAUGUACCCUCUUGGCUUUGUGUUGGACCGCGUCCCAAAUCAAGAUACCACAGUGAAAGGUAUGAUCAUCCCCAAAGGAACCGGUGUUAUCGUUCCAGUCUACGCCAUUCAUUUUGACCCAGAGCUGUACCCAGACCCUGAGAAGUUUGACCCCGAGAGAUUCACCCCAGAGGAGAAGGCAGACAGGAAUCCCUAUAGUUACAUGCCAUUUGGAAUGGGACCACGGAAUUGCAUUGGUAUGCGCCUGGCACUGCUUCAGAUGAAAGUUGCGAUAGUGAAGGUGCUCCAGAACCUCACUUUCAAAACUUGUGAGAAGACCCAGAUACCACUGAAGUUCAUGAAAAGUCGCCCAUUUACACCUGAAAAAGGAAUCUGGCUCAAAGUUGAGGAGAGAUGCCCAUGAGUGUUUUUCGCGCAAUUGUGGAGCUAUGAUUUUCGUUCAGUGAUACUUUAAUUAAGUAUGGAUUGCCCCAUUGGCCGUAACAUUCAUUUAUGAAUUAUCUAAUAUAAUGUUAUUUAUAGGUCUAUCAAUCAACUGUUAUAUUUUCAAGUAUAAAAUUUCUAUCAGUCAUUUGUGUAUUCUUGUAUUAUACAAACCUAAAUUUCAAAAGUGAUCAAUGAUAUUUAUUUUGUGACAGUUUUUCUAUUUGUAAUAGCCUUGUGGUUCAUUCCCAAUGAAAUUAUUGGUCUAUGUAGAUCAACGUAAUUCUGUUGGGACUUCCACUGAAUGCAAACAGAUUGAUAGAUACAGGCCUCCUCUUGUUUCCAAUGUUUCCAGUGCACUUAGUCAGUGCCCUGCAGAGUUAGAUUGAUCUAUGUAGACCACUAUUGCCAUUGGGAAGCCCUGAAAUUUAUGUCUACAGAGUAGGUUCAUCAAUCCUGUAUACAGGUGCUAAAUGCAUAACAGUUUCUAAAUGUUUUUUUACAGAUGACAUAGAUGCCAUCUUUGCAUAAUAUCUUAUUAUAUAUAUAUAUAUAUAUAUAUAUAUAUAUAUAUAUAUAUAUUGCCGAUUUAUUGCCAGAUAAACUGCUAUUCUAGUCAAAUAGUAGUGGAUGUCAUGUGCUCCCAAUUUAUACUUAAAUAUUCCAGGGGUUUUGAUCUUAUACUAUUUUAUAAAGACAAAUUUAUUUUGAA